GGGCCAAAAAAGGGCCAAACCACAUUUUGCAGCAAUGCCCGUCGACGACGCGAGCAGCGAGGUGAGCCCGAUGACGUCCCAGCGGCGCCAGACGUACCGCAGCAACACGGUCGACAGCCUCACGGCCAGCGUUAACGACUCGAGCUUCACGAGCUCGGCGCAGUACGACUCGACGAACGAAUAUGCAUCCAGCCCGAUGGGGACGAAGGCGGUGCAAGCCAAUGCCGACGUGGCACGCGAGUCGCUUGCGCACAUGUCCGUGCACGAUCUCGCCGCGCCGCCACGCAGUGGCCAGCGCGACAGCCUUGUCUUCCGCGACGCGCUGCACCACAUGGAUCCGAGCAUGCACGAUGUGCGGCAGUCGCGGCCGCCUAUGAUCGUCGAAAACACCGAAGGCUACUCGCCGCUGCUGCUCGCCGCCCGCGCUGGCGACGUGGUCGAGGUGAAUGCGCUCUUGGUGCAGCCCGGCACGGAUGUCUUGCGGCGCGACCCUGCGUUUGGCCAGAGCGCGUUGCACUUUGCAGUUCGUGGCGGCCACAUGAGCGUGCUCAAAGCGCUGCUCUCGCCCCGCAUCGCCUCGUCGAUCAUCAACCUCCCGGACAACCGGCGCAACACGGCGCUGCAUUUGGCCGCGGCCAAGUCGCGCCGGAUCACAAAGAUGCUACUGGACCACGGCGCCGACACGCAGUUCUUCAACGUGCGCAACCAGACGCCCUUGGGCGUGCACAUCAUUACGACCACGAAGGACGACCCGAUGCUCUGCGAGAUGCUCUUGCGCUACAAGGCGGAUCCGAACGCGUCCGUGGACCAGUCGACGCUUCUCCACGUUGCACUCGACAAGGGCCUCGUCGAAAUUGCGCUGCGCCUCGUGCGCCACGGCGCCCGCCUCGACAACUUGGACGAGAACAAGAAGACGGUCUUUGAGAAGGUGGACAAGCCCCUCCUGAAGCGGCUCUUGCACAAGGUCAACCAGUCGCCAGUCUGGAUCGAGGACAAGGCGCGCCCGGGCUGCAUGCUCUGCGAGAAGAAAUUCUCGCUCGGCACGCGGCGCCACCACUGCCGGUACUGCGGCCGGCUCUGCUGCAGCGAGUGCGGCGGCGGCCGCGUCGCGGCCUUCAAGUUUCCGCAAGGGUUCGACCAUCGCUUCAAGGCGCACGGGUCAACCCCCAACCACAAGCCGCAGCGCGUCUGCAACGUGUGCUUCGGCGUGCUCAACGAGCAGCAAAAGGAGCUUGGCCGGGACGACCUCCGCGACCGCCCGUCCGACUUGGACCAGUUUGUCGACCGGCAGCUCAACGUCGAGUGGGACGAAAUCAAGGGCCAGCACAACCACCCGGUCGUGCCGCAGAAGCUCUCGGGCAAGGAGUAGGGAUCUUGCUCGGGCACGAGGUUACUGCCGCGAAGAACUUGCAACCCAUCAUCUACUUAAUACACAACACAGCAGCGA